GUAUCGUGUAGUGUAUAAUAGUGUAGAGUAGUGUAUAGUAAUGUAGUGUAUAUAGUAGUGUAGAGUAGAACCCUCUUAACGACUGAUCGCUUAACGACGAGCCUCCAUAAAGCCCAAUGUGUAGUGCAUAGUAGUCUAUGAGGUAGUGUAGCGCCUCCAUAAAGCCCAAUGUGUAGUGCAUAGUAGUCUAUAGGGUAGUGUAGCGCCUCCAUAGAGCCCAAUCUAUUCACUUACCAACCAUUCCCCUAUUAAAGACGGGCUCACGACGAGCAUACCACCGCCAAUUUCGGCCAAUCUGACCGGGCCUUGGCCAAUCGGCGACGUCCAUUCGUGUCCGCUGCGCUUUGAAGUGGCAAAAAACUCUUGAAUUCUUGGUGUACUGCAUUUCCUAUAUCCGCCUAACGACCUAAUCACUUGACGACCAGUAUCGUGGAACCAAUUACCGUCAUUAGGAGGGGUUCUACUAUACACUGUUCUUGUUAGGGCUACACAACAGUGUUAUUGUCGAAGGUAUUGCAUUUAUUGUUAGUAGUCUAGGGGCACAGCAGAAAUGGGUACCGACUAGGAUCGCAAACACUUUGAUCGUCGCGAUUUAAUUUAUUCGGUGAUAAUAGGCGUUAACUACUGCACUCGGUAACCCGUUCCUUUCACAUGCUCGUCACGUAAUUCACCGUUGUUGGCCACGAAGACGAAUGUCAACCACUAAAGUUAUGCCACCUCGGGUGCGAAGCAACAAGUGAAAUAUCUGGUCCGGGAUCGUGGACUAUAAACCCGGGUUGACACUUGAACGAUCAGUCGUUGCACGCAACUUGGCUGCUGCUGCUGCUGCUGCAACUUGGUGGCUGUUGCGUGCAACUUGGUGGCUGUUGCGUGCAACUUGGUUGCAUGCGGCAACUUUUCCGGAGCGUCUUAUCAUCCGGAGAUCGUGUGCCAAGCAAGAAGUUGCAACGGCUGUAAGUUGCACGAUAAUGGAUACCUUAGGUUGAGAGGCCGAACAAAAAUAAGUUCUACACCCUAGUACAAUUGAGCGAACAUUCAUAGGAAAUCAUCUUCAGCCAACAACUAUGCGAUGAGCACCCAUCCCACUAACGAAUUUGAGGACGCAGUCUCAGAGGCAGGAGCCAUCGGCAAGCUCCCAACACCUAUCCCGCUCACCACCUCAAACGCCUCGCCCGCCACCUCUUCAGCUACCUCUUCCAUCACCUCCUCACCUGCAUUGCCCACCUCCUUGUUCACCUCUUCGCCAUACUUCACCACCUCCUGUUCCGUUGUCCCUCAGUUCACGACAAUUCGCACUCACACGGCCGCCUAUUCCGUGUUCCCAACCUCUUCGAGCUUGCUCACCUCUUCUUCCUCUGCCUCCUCAUCCACCCUGCCAACCACCUCAUCUUCCUCGCCCACAACAACGCCUUUAUCCACCUCUCACAUCACCGCCACCUCUUCCCCUUCCACCUCUCCCGCCGUCUCUUCCACAUCCUCCCCGUACUUGACCACGCCCUCUCAUACCCACGCUUCCACCUCUUCGUCCAUCACUCCUAGCUCCACCUCGUUUACAUCGCCCACCUCCUCAUCCUUAUUUCCUAUAACCUCAUCCACCACCACCUCAUCGUCCUCAUCCACCACAUUAUUUACCACCUUCUCGGCCACCACACCUCGCCUCUCCACCUCUUCCUGGUCCACUUUCUUCACCUCAUCCAUCGCCUCCGCAUCCUUCACCACCUCAUUGUCCACCGCCUGUCCACCCUUGUCCACCACCACCUGGCCCACCUCGUUCACUUCAUCCGCUGCCUCAUCCCUGCCCUCUGCCGUCGGCACCUCUUCAACCUCAUCUACGUUUUCUGUCAUCUCAUCCGCUGCCACCUCAUCCGCUGCCACCUCAUCCGUUACCACCUCCUCCGCAUUUUCCACCUCACCAACAUCCUCAUCAUCCUCCUUGCCCACUCCCUCAUCCGUAACAUCCUCAUCCACCGCCCCAUCGUUUAUCACCUCUUCAAAAUACUCCACCGCUACCGCAUACACCACGCCCUCGUCCACCAACUCACCCACCCCCUCGUCUACCGUCUCCUCAUCUAGCACCUCCUCCUCGUCGUCCUCCACCUCGUCGUCGACGCCGGCCCCCCCUCUUCCGCUGCCGUCUCCCCCGUGCCGCCACUCUUGCGCCCUGCUUGUACCGCUGUGCGUGGAGCCUCACUCUCGGGCGAGCCUCUACAAGGACACCACCACCCCCACCUAUUCGCCGCUCACCUCCCCGACGCUCACGGCAUUGACGCUCACCUCUUUGCCGCUCACCUCCUUGACGCCGACGCUGCCGAGGUUCAACUCUGCCUGGAGCCCAGGGGAAGCCGGGCCGCCGCUCUGCGUUGAGAAGACCCGGGCCGUCGCGUGGGAAGUCGACACUUCCGACUGGGCCAUGCAUCUAUCCCGCAACCACAACCGCGCUGGCGGCGGCGGCGGCGGUGGCGGCGGCGGCAGAAUCAGCGUUAGCCCACGCGUUGUCCGACAAAAUGUGGCUCCGGUCGGAUCUCUGACCACGGACAGCCCCAGGUGCCAGCCGUGGGCGACGGCGCGCGCCACGUCGAACCAGCCGCCGCCGGGGCCGGCCGCACCGAUUCUACCGCCUCCACCGAACACGUCCCCGGCCCCACCACUGAAUCAAGCCCCUCCACCGAACCAGGCCACGUGCUGCGCCGGAGGAACUCGUCAGCGGAAGGUUCUGGACCUGCGAAGAUGGCACUGCGUGAGCCGCCCUCAAUACAAGAAGUCGUGCGGCAUCUCAGCCCUCGUUUCCUGCUGGAACUUCCUGUUCAGCUCGCUGGGAGCCGGCUGGCUGCCCCCCGUGACCCAGGAAGACGUUCUGCUCAUGCUCGGAUUCCGACCUCCGUUUGACGAGAUUCGCUUUGGCCCCUUCACGGGGAACACAACGCUCAUGCGGUGGUUCCGGCAGGUGAGCGACGUGCUGGGGGUGCGCAGCUCUUCGCACGUCCUCUACAAACCCCACGGCAAGAACCGCACGCCGGGGGAGACGCCGGAGUCGGCGCUGGAGAAGCUGACGCGUGGACUGCGAGACGACUCGAGGGCGUUCAUCUACCACUGCCAGAACCACUACUUCUGUCCCAUCGGAUACGAAGCCACUCCCCGGCCAGCGGCACAUGCCUACCGGGGAGGGGAAUCCGUCGCCCUGGACUACUGGAUCCUCAUCGGCGAAACGAGCCGCAAGCACCCGGCCAUCCACUGCAAGAGGUGGGUUGACGUGGUCACGGACCUCAGCUGCCAGAGCCCUGAGUUUCUGGACAUCAGACGCACGGAGAAAGGCCUCCAGCAGAGAAAAACCAACAAGGUCGGGGGCAAUCUGCACUGCAUAAUGGCGUUCCAUCGACCCCACCAGCCGCCCCGGGGAAUCUGCCGGCCCCUCGGCGUGCGCGGCUGCGGCUGCGGCCGCGGUUGCGGUGGCUGCCGCGAUGGCGCUGGCAACGGCACGGCCGCACAACCACGUCCUGCCUCCCUCGCCUCUCCUCGACUUGCUUCUGCUCCUCCGCCCGCCGCUCCUCCUCCUCCUCCUCCUCCUCCACAUUCCCCGACGUUCCUCUCGGGAGCGAACAGGCCGCGGCGCGCGACGGGAGCGGCCGCGGCCGCGAAUUCGAGUCCCCGUGGCUUCGCGGCGCCGCGGCCGGCACGUUGACCGCGGGAGAUGGAACGCAGCGCCUCCGAUCAGCGCGGAAUUUGGCUGCGCACGCUGCGAAAGAAGCUCAGCAUGCGUACGUAGCGGGGGGGCGUGCACGCAGCCUGGCACAGGCCGCCGCGGUGGUGUCACCGCCACUUAGUGGCGAAUGGCGGUUGUUGUUGUUGUUGUUGUUUGUUGUUGUUGU